AUGCCGACUGAUCCUUGGGUUGGAACAUGGAGACCUCACCGGCCGAAAAUGGCCAUCGCCGCGAUGUACAACAGUCCAGGCCCCAAAUACCUCUUGCGUGGACAGACAGGUUUUUGGGAUCAUGAUGCAACAAGGAACAGGGCACCUGCUUAUUCCAUGGCCAAGCGUCAUCCAGGGCUGAAAGAUAGUGGCACACCUGCUCCAAGAACACUGCCAGAAAAGAUGACUCACCAUGGAAAGGACAGCGCCCCUGCCUGGACAAUGGCCCAUAGGGUCAAGGACCUUGACCCUAGUAGAACUCCAGGACCAGGUCAGUGCUGAUUGGCCAA